AUGGCCAACAAGUGGCUACUACGGCCGUCACUUACAUUUAUGGCGCUUAUCACACAGUCCAACGCGGUCAUUCUCAACCCCGAUAAGAACCCAGUGCUCAGUCGCAUUCUUCAGUGGACUAUUUAUGACCACUUUUGCGCUGGGAACAGCAUUCCCGAAGUGUCAAAUACUGUCAAGUACAUCAAGAACCUUGGCUUCCACGGCAUUAUUCUUGGGUACUCGAAAGAUGUCGUAUUGGAUCCCAACGUGAAGCUUCCAACAACAGGCAUUGAGGACUACCCCGUGGAAUGCUACAGGAUGAUUGAUGAGUGGAAGAAUGGCAACAUUGAGACACUGAAAAUGAUUGAGGCUGGCGAUCUUCUUGCGGUCAAAGUUACUGGCGCCGGGCCUAUAGCUGUCGACGCCUUACAAGCAGGUCGCCCUAUGAAUAGCUAUCUCCACAAAGCUCUCAACGAUAUCUGCAACGAAACUCGAAGGCGCGGAUGUCAACUCUGGAUAGAUGCAGAACAACAAGCCAUGCAACCUACCCUCGACGACUGGACCAUCACACUCAUGCGAGAACACAACCGGGACGGGAAUGCUCUGGUUUACAACACUAUCCAAGCUUAUCUCAAAGGCGCUAGACAAAAUGCGAAAAGGCAUAUCAAACUAGCAGCCCAAGAGGGCUGGACUGUCGGUAUCAAGCUAGUUCGUGGCGCAUAUAUCGAGAAUGAGAUCCGAUCUCUAAUCCACGAUACAAAAGAGGAUACGGACAGCUCAUAUAACGAUAUUGCAGACAUGCUAAUUUCUCGAAGAGUGCCCGAUGGAGCUGCCAACCUCAACUUUCCAGACGCGGCACUCGUUCUGGCGACGCAUAACGCCGAGAGUGCGCAAAAGGCUCUCAGCACACACAGAAAGCGCCUUGAGGCUGGACUUCCCACAGUACCUAUGAAGUGUGCUCAGAUCAUGGGCAUGGCCGAUGAGUUGAGUUGUAAACUUCUACAGGAUUACGAGCAAGCUGUCAAGGAGAACAGAGUCACUGCUGAGACACCAAAGAUUUAUAAGUGCUUACCUUGGGGCUCGGUGCAGGAGUGUAUCAAUUAUUUGUACCGACGAGCGGUGGAGAAUCGUGGUGCUGUUGAGAGGACGCAGCAUAUGGCGCAGGCGAUGAGACAGGAGCUUCGACGUAGGAUACUGGGUUGA